ACGUCGUUUCUUAUCGGCCCAAUACUAACACCACCAAAAAUUCUCCGAGUGUUUUUGGAUCCCGAUUCGUUCCUGAGUCAACUCAAAAGUCAAGGUCCCGCCGGCCUUGGAAGCCCAGUACCGGAGUAGCGAGCAGAGAUGGCAACCACUACAACCACGGGAAGAUUGGUUUCGCUUAUUAUCUUGUGGUUUCUUUUUCUUUUUGGAGUACUGGUUCUCAUCCAGAAUCGACUGAGCGAUGCUGGAAUCUCAACAGAGCAGAAAAUUGGAGAUAAUAACCUUAAUCAGGUAGAAAAGGAUAUGGAAGGAGUAACACACAAAGUUUUCUUUGAUAUCGAGAUUGAUGGAAAACCAGUGGGUCGUGUAGUCAUGGGCCUCUUCGGGAAAAUAGUUCCUAAAACUGCAGAAAACUUUCGAGCACUUUGCACGGGGGAAAAAGGAGUUGGAAAGAGCGGAAAGCCUCUCCAUUACAAAGGGAGCACCUUCCAUAGAAUUAUCCCUAGCUUCAUGAUUCAGGGUGGUGAUUUUACUCGUGGUGAUGGACGAGGUGGGGAGUCAAUUUAUGGUGAGAAAUUUGUUGAUGAGAACUUCCAGCUCAAGCACACUGGACCUGGAGUCUUGUCCAUGGCAAAUUCCGGGCCAGACACCAAUGGAUCACAAUUCUUCAUUACAACGAUAACAACAAGCUGGUUGGAUGGCCAUCACGUGGUGUUUGGUAAGGUGCUUUCUGGGAUGGAUGUGGUGUACAAAAUUGAAGCAGGAGGAAGAAAGAGCGGGACCCCAAAAAGAAAAGUUGUCAUUUUAGACAGCGGUGAAAUGCCACUGUAAUAAUCUCCGGCUAUAUUUUUUGUUUGUCAUACAUGAAUACUGUAUGUCAAGGUUCAAUAACAGUGGUCUUUCCAAAUGUAUAAUACAAUUGCAUAAGAAAUAUAAGCUUUUAUAUUUCUCUCCUU